AUGGCCGGGCCUGCCCGCGGGUCCGCGCGCGCGCUGCUCUUCGCCCUGCUGGCGCCGGCGCUGGCGGCCCUGCUGGCGCUGCUGGUGGCACCGGCGCGGGGCCGAGGCGGCCGGGGCCACGGGGACUGGGACGCCGCCGGGCGGCUGCCGCCGCUGCCGCCCCGCGAGGACGCGGCGCGCGUGGCCCGCUUCGUGACGCACGUCUGCGACUGGGGCGCGCUGGCCACCGUCUCCGCGCAGGAGCCCGUGCGCGGCUGGGCCUUCGCCGACGUCCUGUCGCUCAGCGAUGGGCCCCCGGGCGCGGGCAGCGGCGUGCCCUACUUCUACCUGAGCCCCAUGCAGCAGCUGGUGGGCAACCUGCAGGAGAAUCCGUACGCUACGCUCACCUUGUCUUUGGCGCAGACUAACUUCUGCAGGAAAAAUGGAUUUGACCCCCAAAACCCGCUCUGUGCUCACACCAUCCUGGCAGGGACUGUCACCAAGGUGAAUGAGACCGAGAUGGACAUCGCAAAGCAGUCGAUGUUCAUUCGGCACCCCGAGAUGAAAGACUGGCCUGCCAGCCACGACUGGUUCUUCGCCAAGCUGAACAUCACCAACAUCUGGGUCCUGGACUACUUCGGCGGGCCCAAAGUCGUGACGCCCGAGCAAUACUACAAUGUCACAUUUCAGUGA